AUGGCCUCAGUGUUCCGCCCGGGCGCCCUGGCCCUGAUCUCCGGCGGUGCCAGCGGCGUGGGCUUUGCGUUUGCGCAACACUGCCGCAGCCAAGGCAUGCACGUCGCCCUGCUGGACAUCAACCGGGCGACCCUGACGGCGGCGUCGUCGGCGCUGCAAGCCAUGGACAACAAACUACUCACAUUGACGUACGAGAUGGACGUGUCGGACCUGGACGCGUGGGCGGCGGUGCGCGCGGACGUCGAGGGCAAGUUCCAGACGAUCGAUUUCCUCAUGCUCAAUGCAGGGAUGGCGAUCCGCACGACCACGCCCUGGAAGGACGCGCAGUACUUCCACAAGACGCUCGCGACGAACUACUUUGGCGUGGUGCACGGGUUGGUGACGUUCUUGCCGCUGGUCACCAAGUCGUCGGGCCCGGCCGCCGUCGUCAUGACCGGGUCCAAGCAGGGCAUCACAAAUCCGCCGGGCAACCCGGCGUACAACGCGAGUAAGUCCGCGGUCAAGACCACGGCCGAGCAGCUCGCGCACGACCUGCGCACGAGCGGGUCGAGCAUCUACGCGCCGCAUGUGUCGGCGCAUCUGUUGGUGCCCGGUUGGACGUUCACGGGCUUGUCGGGCAAUGUGGGCCCCGUGCCGGAUGAGACGGCGCUGAAGAAUAAACCGCGGGGCGCGUGGUUGCCCAGCCAGGUUGCCGAGUACGGUGUGCAGAAGAUCGAGCGGGGGCAGUUCUACAUUAUCUGUCCGGAUACGGAUGUUGACGAGGCGUUGGAUAAUGCCCGCAUGACUUGGGCCGUCGGGGAUAUCACGGAGGGGAGAAGCGCGUUGAGUCGGUGGGAUGAGAAAGUCAAGGACGAGGCGGCGGGGUGGAUCCAGAAGGAGGCCGAAAGACGGAGGGGGGAGUGA